AUGCUCACUCUUUUGAUCGAAGCUCAACUGGAGGGUGUUACUGCCCUCCUGCCCACUGACACUGAGGAAAAUCCCUACUUCUACACUUUCAAAGUGAAAUGCACCUCCUGCCACGAGACACACCCUAACUGGGUCAGCUUCAACCGUUUCGAGACGCACGAAAUCCCCGGUAGCCGCGGCGAGGCUAAUUUUGUGUGGAAGUGCCGACUGUGCACGAAAACCCACACUGCAUCCGUCAUUAGCGGACCUAAGCCCUAUGAGGCUCAGGAAAAGAGCAAGGCCCAGAAGAUCCUUGAAAUUGACUGCCGUGGCCUUGAGUUUAUUGAGUUCAAGCCCGAUGGCGAAUGGGAAGCCAAGGCUAUUGAGUCCACCACCACCUUCUCUGGCAUUGAUCUUAUGGAGGGUGAGUGGUAUGACUACGACGAGAAGAAGGGUGAGGAAGUCAGCAUCAAGGAAAUCACCUGGACUGUUGGCCGUUAA